AUGAGGCCAUUCCGCCUCGGUGCUCAAUUCGGCCCGGCGCAACACUCUAGACUUACAGCGCAACCUUUUGCGCAGCGACUCAGAAGCUUCCACGCAAGCCCCAACGCUCGCGGUCCUCUCACAUCGCCAACCCUCACUCGUGUUCUGCCCGAGUUCAAUCUCCAAGACAAAGUCAUUGUCGUCUCUGGCGGCGCGAGAGGUCUUGGCCUCACACAAGCCGAGGCUUUGUUGGAAGCCGGUGCAACGGUUCAUGCCAUCGACCGCCUCCCCAAGCCAGACCCGGACUUUGAAAAAGUCGCCCUGAGAGCCCAGACCGAGCUCGCCACCUCUCUCACAUACCACCAAGUUGAUGUACGCGACGUCGACGCUCUCAAUGAGAUCGUCGAGGGUAUCGCGACCAAGCACGGCCGCCUGGACGGCCUCAUUGCCGCCGCCGGAAUCCAGCAGGAGACGCCCGCGCUCGAGUACAAGGCCGCCGACGUCGACAAGAUGAUGGGCAUCAACGUCACCGGUUGCUUCAUGACCGCCCAGGCGGUGGCCCGCCAAAUGGUCAAGCUCAAGUCUGGCGGCAGCAUCGUGCUGAUCGCCAGCAUGAGCGGCACAGUCGCCAACAGGGGAUUGAUUUGCCCAAAGACUAAUCAGAAUUUGACAUGCAGUGCAUACAACGCCUCCAAGGCAGCUGUUCUGCAACUCGGACGGAACCUUGCAGCGGAAUGGGGCGAGCACAACAUCCGCGUCAACACCAUCUCGCCGGGUUACAUCGUUACCGCCAUGGUCGAGGCGCUCUUCGAGACGUACCCGGAGAGGAAGACCGAAUGGCCGAAGCACAACAUGCUCGGAAGACUCAGCGCCCCCAACGAGUACCGCGGGGCCGCCGUCUUCCUCCUGAGCGACGCGAGCAGUUUCAUGACGGGCAGUGACUUGCGCAUGGAUGGCGGGCACUGCGCUUGGUAA